AUGGGUAUUGUGCUUUGUCUGCUAGCUCUCUCUGUAUUUUCUUAUCUGAAACCUGUUGUUUUGGUUCCAGGUAUAAUGUCUUCAGUGUUGGAAGGUUCUGGAGAUGUUCCUUCUUCUAUUCCGACUUUAUAUCCAUCAUACUGUUCAAAGAAAUUUUCUCUUAAGACUCUGUGGCUCAGUGUUGAGUCCUUCAUACCAUUUAUUAACGAAUGCGGCUUGGGGUAUCUAAUUUCUUCUUGGGACUCUUUAACACAACACCAAGUCGAGACGGGAAAUAUCAAAAUCAAUGCACAGAAUUAUGGAAGUGUAAACUCGAUCAGGUCAAUUGUAGGGACGUGGCCUUUGAAUCACGUUUCAAAGGCGUUUGAAGAAGUGGUGAAGAACUUGGAAAAUGAUGGGUAUGAAGACAAUGUCACGAUGUAUGCGGCUCCAUUUGACUGGAGAUAUUUCCGAUUUGACGAGUAUUCACAUGUGAGCAAUUGGUAUUUGGAUACACAAAAAUUGAUUGAGAGGGCGUUUGAGAAAACAAAGCAAAAAGUGGUGAUUGUGACACAUUCGAUGGGCGGGCUACUCUUGUAUAAAUUCCUCGACUUUGUGGGAAAGAAAUUUUGCAAUAAGUACAUCAGCCACUGGACAGGUAUAGCGACGCCAUUUUUGGGAUCAGUCAAAGCACUGUCGGCCACUUUUCAAGGAGACAACAUGGGUAUUCCAGUGAAGCCAGUUUUGUUGAGAAAAAUAUCACGAUCAAUAGAAACAAUACCACUCUUGUUUCCUUCUGGUGGAGUGGAGAGGUGGGGAGACAAAGAGGUGAUGCGAAUUGGAAAUAUGACAAUCAAUGCGGACAACGUCGCUGAUCUGUUCAGUACAUUAGACACAAAUUUUUAUGAAAAAGGGAAGUACAUGUACCGUCACGGUGUCAACGAGUUAUUCAAGAAAUACAACUACACAAUUCCAUUCAACGUUAGCUUCUCAUGUGUGUAUUCUUCUGGUGUUUCAACUCCUCAAACAAUCAAUUUUGAAACAAGUGAUUACGACGGAAAUUUUAAUAUAGAAACCGGAGAUGGCGAUGGGACAAUAAACUUGCAGAGUUUGGAGUUCUGUAGAACGCUGACGGCGGAUUGGAAAGAAUUCCACGACGUCAACCACUUGGAUAUACUUUUAUUAGAUGGUCUUUAUGAAUACAUCAAACCACACUUUUUAUAG